AUGCGCGGUCGCCUUUGUGUAGGUCGAGCGGCGACGGCGGCGGCGGCAGUGGCGGUCCCACUGGCAGGCGGGCUAGAGGGGAGUCCGGGCGGCGUCCGGCGUGAGAGCCGGGGGACCACCAUGGUAAAGAAGCGGAAAGGUCGGGUAGUGAUCGACUCGGACACGGAGGACAGCGGCAGCGACGAGAACCUGGAUCAGGAGCUCUUGUCCCUGGCAAAACGGAAGCGCAGUGACUCUGAGGAGAAGGAACCACCCGUGAGUCAGCCUGCAGCCUCCUCAGACUCCGAGACAUCUGACAGUGAUGAUGAGUGGACUUUUGGGAGCAAUAAAAAUAAGAAGAAAGGAAAAGCCAGAAAAAUAGACAAGAAAGGAACCACGAAGAAACAGGCCAACAAAACUGCUUCCUCAGGCAGUUCGGACAAGGACAGUUCAGCUGAGAGCUCAGCCCCUGAGGAAGGUGAAGUGUCAGAUUCUGACAGCAACAGCUCCUCCUCCAGCUCAGAUUCCGACUCGUCCUCAGAAGAUGAGGAGUUCCAUGAUGGCUAUGGAGAGGACCUCAUGGGGGAUGAGGAAGACAGGGCCCGUCUGGAACAGAUGACAGAGAAGGAGAGAGAGCAGGAGCUGUUCAACCGCAUAGAGAAAAGGGAGGUGUUGAAGAGAAGAUUUGAAAUCAAGAAAAAACUAAAAACAGCCAAAAAGAAAGAAAAGAAGGAAAAAAAGAAAAAGCAAGAAGAAGAACAGGAAAAGAAAAAGCUAACCCAGAUUCAGGAAUCUCAGGUAACAUCCCACAACAAGGAACGGCGUUCCAAACGGGAUGAGAAACUAGAUAAGAAAUCUCAAGCCAUGGAGGAGCUGAAAGCAGAACGAGAAAAACGGAAGAACAGAACAGCUGAGCUCCUCGCCAAAAAACAGCCAUUAAAAACCAGUGAGGUGUACUCUGAUGAUGAAGAGGAGGAAGAGGAUGAUAAGUCCAGUGAAAAGUCAGACCGCUCAUCCCGAACGUCAUCAUCUGAUGAAGAAGAAGAGAAAGAAGAAAUCCCCCCAAAAUCACAACCAGUCUCUUUACCUGAAGAAUUAAAUCGGGUUCGGUUAUCACGGCAUAAGCUGGAACGGUGGUGUCACAUGCCCUUCUUUGCUAAAACCGUCACAGGAUGUUUUGUACGAAUCGGCAUUGGAAACCACAACAGCAAACCAGUUUACCGGGUAGCUGAGAUCACAGGUGUUGUGGAAACUGCCAAAGUUUACCAGCUGGGUGGCACCAGGACAAACAAAGGGCUACAGCUACGCCAUGGCAACGACCAACGAGUGUUUCGCCUAGAGUUCGUCUCAAACCAAGAAUUUACUGAAAGCGAAUUUAUGAAGUGGAAAGAAGCGAUGUUCUCCGCUGGCAUGCAGUUGCCCACUCUAGAUGAAAUCAAUAAGAAGGAAUUUUCUAUUAAAGAAGCUCUUAAUUAUAAAUUCAAUGAUCAGGACAUUGAAGAGAUUGUAAAAGAGAAAGAAAGAUUCAGAAAAGCUCCACCGAACUAUGCUAUGAAGAAGACUCAGCUGCUAAAGGAAAAGGCCAUGGCUGAGGACCUGGGGGAUCAAGACAAGGCCAAACAAAUUCAGGACCAGCUGAACGAGCUGGAAGAGCGGGCAGAGGCCCUGGACCGCCAGCGGACCAAGAACAUAUCUGCCAUCAGUUACAUCAACCAGCGGAACCGGGAGUGGAACAUCGUGGAGUCUGAGAAGGCCCUUGUGGCUGAAAGUCACAACAUGAAAAACCAACAGAUGGAUCCCUUUACCAGGCGGCAGUGUAAACCUACCAUCGUUUCUAACUCCAGAGACCCGGCUGUUCAAGCUGCUAUUUUGGCCCAGCUGAAUGCAAAGUACGGCUCUGGAGUGUUACCAGAUGCCCCAAAGGAAAUGAGCAAGGGUCAGGGAAAGGAGAAAGAUUUGAAUUCUAAGUCAGCGAGUGACCUCUCAGAAGACCUGUUCAAAGUACAUGAUUUCGACGUGAAGAUUGAUUUACAAGUUCCCAGCUCAGAGUCAAAGGCUUUGGCCAUCACCUCCAAGGCUCCGCCAGCCAAGGAUGGGGCUCCAAGGAGAUCUCUAAAUUUGGAAGACUACAAAAAACGACGGGGGCUCAUUUGAGCGCACCCAGCCUGCUGCUUCUGACCCUGCAUGCCCGUCACCGUGGCCCUCCCACCGUUCCUCCUUCCCUCUGAUUCGCCCUCUUGGGCCGAAGCAGCAGUAGAACUGGGAAGAGACUCUAAGCUGCCAGUCACCUGUAAUAUAAACCAUUUGCUGUAUAGAUCUCCCUUGUCUGCACCACCUCCCACCAAACCCCUGGGCCCACCCGGUGUGGAUCGGGGCUCCUGGGCUCUCUUGGGCUUUCUCCAUGUCUUUAGAUUUGUGUUUGCCCUUUUUUUUUUUUUUUUUUUUUAAACCAGCACAGUCCAUUGGCCACUCUGCACGCGUUCAGUAUUACCGUGGAGCUGGGUUUCUUGCUGGAGCACUCAGUGGCGACAGCUGCAGCACUGGGCAGUCUCCUCUGUGGACGGCCUCGGACCCAACCACUGAGCACUGGCCCCUGGCCCUUGUGGAGGGAGCAGGCCAGCGCCCACAGUCCUUCGGCCUCUUUCCUCUGCAUCUUUCUCUUCUUCCCAUCUCUGGAAGAGGGGUUUUCAAAACCAAUUUAGUUUCCAAAAGUGUACAUUUCGGGGGGAGGGGGUCUACUUGAGAGAGUGUAUGUGUAUAUGUGUGUGUGUGUGUGUGUGUGUGUGUAUGUAUGUGUGUGGAUUUUUUUAUCAUUUUUAAAAAAUGCAGUAUCUUUGUAUCAGUCCGUCACGGGUCUGUAGCUGUCUCAGAUUUUUGUCAGCUGUACUUGGGCAUCUGAAACUGCAAGAAAGAAACUCAUUAAAUGUGAUCCUUCUCACUAAA